AUGUCCAAUCAGACCACUUCGUCGCCAUUUCGGGUCCCCAAAGAGGCGGAGGAGGAGCUGGAGCGCAAUGAAGCUUUCCGAAGUGUGCGACUGCAUCUGCAACGGAAAGAGCGUGAGACCGAUAUGUUCAAGUUUUGCGCGUUUCAUGAACAUGCGUGCAGUCUAGAUGAGAAAGCGACAUUUCGUCUCCAUCGCGACAUCACGCAUGCGCUGCUCCUGCCGCUGUUUGAGAUCCAUGAUCAGGCCACCCAGAUCGCAACGCGGGCUCUGGCCCGGAAACGAGGAGCCGAACCGGAGCGGGCGUUUCGAGGAGGGGCCCGUAGCGCCUUUACUUGGCUCCACUCGAUUUUGACCGAAGAACGCGACUUCUGUCUGGCCGAGGGAUGCCCUGCAUGUGUCGUCUUGCAUGUCUUGAACUCCGAGCCGACCAUCCGUCUUGUCGCGGUCGCGUGUCUCUUGUGCGAUUUCCUGCCCGAGACGGAAUUGCCCGAGGUCAAGAGCCGGGUCCCUGUCUUUGAAUUCUGGCUGCGCGCGUUGGAGAGGUCCGUCCGGGACGAUCCCCUCUGGGGGGAUGAUUUCUGGCCCGAAAUCGAGCACCGCGCACGCGGACUCAACGAGGACAUCAGGCAGUUGAUCACGCAGUGUCUGGAGUUGAGAAGUGCCCCAGAGGCACAAGCGCCUCCUCCUUCGAAGCCUGCGUGCGCGAUCAGCGUCCGACCGACUCGUCAGGCGUAUCGGAAGCAUGUGCGCUCGAUCCCGGUGCAACCGUCUGCGUUUGCGCGGAGGGAGUUGAAGAUGAUGUGGGAGGAGCAGGAGCUGGCGUCCAAGUUUCUGAUGACGUGCUGGGCGUCGAUGUGUUGGAACGAGCGGCGGCAAAUCGAGUAUCAAGAACGCUCGGUCAUAUCUUGA